ACAUGCGUUUGCUGUGAAGACUGGAGAACUGGCACCAAUACCAGAAGGAAAUUAUCAUGGAAGUUCCUGCUCCAGACCAGUGUUCGCCAGGUCUUAAAUUGCCCUAUACAACCUGUUCCCCUUCAGGGAAUCUGGCAGCUCCAUGCACCAAAAGCAAAGCUUGUUCAUCAAAUAUUUCUCAUAUCUCUCGGAUCUGCAUCCCCACCACUGUUGAUCUGCCCCUGCCCCCUGUUUCAUUUUUCCUUUUUGUCUUCACUUUGGCUUGUGAAUUUUGACAUUUUCACCGCAAAUUAGGAAAUUGAGGUGCUUUGGUCCCCUCCGAUGGAUAAUUUGGAAAUCCACCAAAACCUUUUGGCAUUUGCGCUUUUGGAGAGCCUCGCCAUUCAUUCUGUUAGGAUUGGAUCAAAAUGGUGGACUGGUUUCUAGUUCUUCAGGGAUUUACCGAGGUUACCAUGGGACUGCGACCUUGAUUCCGGAUCAAAGAUUUGUUUUUUUUAAUCUUCUAUUGCUAUUUCAGAUCCCCAUUUUUAACUAGGGUUGGAGUUGGGAAUCAGAUCUGCGGAUUUUAGGAGAAUGCCAUUGACAUUGCUUCAGAUUUGUCGAUUUCGUUAGCAAUUUAAGCAGAUAGGCUUCACAUCAACCAAGGCACUCUAAAAUCAAACUGGUGGCAGAGGGAUUCUUGGUUUCUACUUGACUCUGUUUGAGAGUUUUUGUUUUGAGCUUUCUUUGCUUAGGACGUACAAGAUGGCAUGCAUGAAACUGGGAUCAAAACCUGAUGCCUUCCACCAACAAGGGCAAGCUUGGUUUUGCACAACAGGACUUCCUAGUGAUGUUAUUGUCGAAGUUGAAGAAAUGACCUUCCAUCUCCACAAGUUUCCUUUGUUAUCAAAAAGUAGCCUUUUGGAAAGGUUAAUUAAGAACUCUGAUGAAGAGGAUACUGUGAUAAGACUGGCUGAUGUUCCUGGUGGUGCACAAGCAUUUGAACUUGUGGCUAAGUUCUGUUAUGGUGUUAAGAUAGAGCUCACUUCCUCAAAUGUUGUUUGCCUGCGUUGUGCUGCCGAGCACCUAGAAAUGACCGAAGAAAUAGCAGAAGGAAACUUGAUUGCUCAGACAGAGACCUUCAUUGAUCAAGAUGUGCUUCACAGCUGGAACGAUUCAAUCAAAGCACUUGAAACAUGUGAUCAUCUUCUUCCUCAUGCUGAAAACCUUCAGAUUAUUAAGAAAUUCAUAGAAUCUUUAGCUGUAAAAGCACGUACAGAUCCAAAUCUAUUUGGCUGGCCAAUGGAACAUGAUGCCAUGCAAAGUCCUGGUGGCAGUGUUUUAUGGAAUGGCAUAAGCACAGGAGCUAGACCCAGAUAUUGUAGCUCAGAUUGGUGGUACGAGGAUGUCUGUUCUUUGAGCUUCCCCUUGUAUAAAAGGUUGAUCUCUGCUAUGAAAUCUAGAGGUUUAAAACAUGAAACUAUUGCAGGCUCUCUGAUUUGUUAUGCUAAACAGUAUCUGCCUGGUCUAGAUAGGCGACCGAAUGUGGCACAUGGAACUUUGAAAAGUGCUCCGGAUGAAGAACAGAGGCAUCUCCUUGAAGAGAUUGAUAGUUUGUUGCCUAUUGACAAGGGUGUAGCAUCAACAAAGACUUUGAUUGGUCUUCUCCGCACUGCCAUAAUUCUACAAGCUAGCCCAACAUGCAUUUCUAAUUUAGAGAAAAGAAUAGGCAUGCAACUAGACCAGGCCGAGCUGGAAGACCUACUUUUCCCUACUUUUGCUUAUUCCAUGGAGGCACUGUACAAUGUUGAUUGCGUCCAACGAAUGCUGGAAUAUUUCUUAGCCAUGGAUCAAGCAUCUGCAGCAGCCUCCCCUGGUUCUGUCAGUAAUGGGCAGUCGAUUGGCUCCCCUUCUUUGAUGCCAAUUACUGCUGUUGCCAAGCUAAUUGAUGGUUUUCUAGCGGAGAUUGCACCGGAUAUCAACUUAAAGCUUCCAAAAUUCCAAUCCAUAGCCAUUGCUAUACCUGAUUAUGCCCGGCCUUUGGAUGAUGGACUAUACCGUGCUAUUGAUAUAUACCUAAAGGCACACCCUUGGCUCUCAGAAUCUGAGAGGGAACAACUGUGCCGGCUGAUGGACUGUCAGAAGCUCUCGCUUGAAGCUUGCACUCAUGCUGCACAGAAUGAGCGACUUCCUCUGCGAGUAAUUGUUCAAGUCCUCUUCUUUGAGCAGCUCCAACUAAGGACUUCAGUUGCUGGAUGCUUGCUUGUGGCUGACAACCUUGAUGGUUCUCGGCCAUUGAGAGGUGGAAUUGGUUGUUCAGGUGAAGCUGGAGGAUGGAUGACCACCAUCAAGGAUAACCGGGUCCUGAAGGUUGGCAUGGAUAGCAUGAGGACGAGAGUGUCUGAGCUUGAAAAAGAGUGCACCAGCAUGAAGGAAGAGAUCGAAAAGUUGGGUCGGGGAAGAAGUGGAUGGAUCAAUAUGCGAAAGAAGUUUGGCCUAAAGAGCAGGUUGCAGAUAUGCAGCGCAAUGGGGAAUUCCGUAAGCGAGAAUCAGAAGGUUAAGAGUGGCAAAGAUGCGCACGAGUUAUAAACCAUGAUUGCAGAACAAAUGCAACAGCCAUCUCCUGAUUCUCGAGCUUCAGUUCUAUUUUUCAGAAAUGUUGUUUAUAUACUUUAAUCUCGAGGAAAUUCUUAUCAAGCUUGCACUUUUGACACUUGAAAUAAGGUUGUUAGAUCAUGGUGUUCUCGAUCGCGAUUAGUUUCUUCUUUUCCUCCCA